CACACACACCGUGAUGUCAUUUCAGCGGCUGUGUGUGCACCGGAUGACUGGACGGACACAGACUGUUACUAACGGAUAAGUAACAUUAACUGGACCUCUGCUCUUGUCGUGGGACUUUAAUCCAUGUUUGAAUGAACCAUGUGGCCGCGGACACAGACUCAGUUUGGGGCUGUGUGGAGAGCGCAGAAGUUCAGACUUUAACCAUGGAAACUAAAGGGAAGCGGACAACAGCAAAGUCAGCCCCGCAGAUAACGGACCAAUGGACGAUGUGAAAACUGGACCAAACCGGGACUGAACCUCGUGCCCGGCUGUCCUCCCGCUUCGUGUCACCCUCCUCUCCGUGCCAGAUGCCUCCGCGGGGCGAUGGGAGCUACAAGCCGGCACCGGUGCCCCCUGCUCCGCCUGUCCCACCGAGGAGGGUCCGGAGCCGGGACAGGGGCUCCGGCAGGACGCGGCGGUCCGGGGCAGGAGCAGGGGCAGGAGCAGGGGCAGCGGAGAGGCGGGUGAAGUGUGUGCUGGUGGGGGACGGAGCUGUGGGGAAAACCAGCCUGGUGGUCAGCUACACCACCAACGGCUAUCCCACCGAGUAUGUCCCGACUGCGUUUGACAACUUCUCAGCGGUGGUGUCAGUGGACGGGCAGCCAGUCAAACUACAACUCUGUGACACAGCUGGACAGGAUGAGUUUGACAAGCUGCGUCCUCUGUGCUACACCAGUGCAGACGUGUUCCUGCUGUGCUUCAGUGUUGUCAGUCCGGCCUCUUUCCAGAACGUUCCUGAGAAGUGGGUCCCAGAGAUCCGCAGACAUGCCCCCUUUGCUCCGCUCGUCCUCGUUGGCACCCAGUGUGACCUGAGAGAAGAUGUCAAGGUUCUCAUUGACCUUGCUAAGUAUCGGGAGCGGCCCGUGGACCCGGCAGACGCCCAGGACUGUGCGAUGGAGAUUGGAGCUGUGGCCUACAUGGAGUGCUCCUCUCUGACCCAAAAAAAUCUUAAAGAAGUGUUCGACACAGCCAUACUGGCCAGCCUGCAGAACUACAGCUCCCAAAAGCGCCCGAGAGGGAAGAAGAAACGACGAAAAAAACCAAGGCAGACACCAGACAAGAUGAAGAGUCUGUCAAAGUCAUGGUGGAAAAGGUACUGCUGUGUGGCCUAGAACAGACCUGUGAUGGGUUUGGGUCUUGCUGGUGGCGGGGUCCGAGACUUUGAUCCUCUGUUGACUUUAUCAUGGUCUGGAUUCAGCUUGGUUUGGGUUCUACCUGGACUUGUUUUCAGUUUGGGUUUCUCUCUAAUGGUGCCUGAUGUUGAGCAGGACCUCGACUGGAGUGUGGCUGAGAACCAAAGUAAGACUGUCAUGGAUCUAAAGUGCUUUUGUUCAAAGAGGAGGCUUUAGUCUUAUCGUGGAUUAGAUUUACUACUGAGCCCAGCCUGGUUCUAGCAGAACCUGCUCUGAAGCAGUGCUGCUGUGUGGUAGAACGAACCAGGGAUUUCUGUGCUUAAAUGUCCUCUUCCUAACCCAGUUUUAAUCUUAGCCUGGCUCUAGUAUCAGGUAGGUGCUCCCUGCGCUCCUGGAAUUGGAAACCGGUAUGACCCAGGGCUUUUUUUUGGCUAGCAGAUGAUCCUUUCCAAGUCAUGGUGAAUGUGAUAAUGUUGCCUAAACUGGCCCAGAUCUCCCAACCUACUAUGGAUUUAUGUAACCUCAUUAAGUAGCCUGGAAAGGACCUGGACUGUCUGCAGAUUAUACAUGUUAUUCAUGGUGACCUUAAUGAAACUGUAUCGAUUCUUAGCCAUUUUUCUGACUGGUUUCUAACUUUAGUUUGGUUUCCAAUACUCAUGAUUAGAAAGAACCCCACCUGAUCAUUUCAUCACUGAAUGUGAUUUAAGACAAAACUUAGUCAACAAAUCAAACCCAUGAUUAAAUUUAGAGCUGCUUUUUAUAACUGGGGUCAUUGUUGUUCUAAUGAAAGAAAUUACUUCAUUAAGCAGCUAAUAAUUUGAUCCUGGUCACAUGCACAGUUUACUGCUGUGUAGCCUACAAACCUAAUCUGGAGCCAGCAUCAUGGUUUGUAUUUUAUUUUAGUCUGGAUCUGUUCUGUGUGUAAGGUUAGAUCUGGCCUGGUCUUCAGUGUCCAGGUGCUGAUUGGCCCAGAAUGAAGCCAGACAGUGAGUAACUUUGGUAAAAUUCACAUUAUAUUUUAUUUGGAAAACAACUGAUGCCAAUGUCUUUCUUCCCCAUGAGGAUAAAAAUCUAUUUUUGCCUUGUUCAAAAUCAACACCUAUGUAUCUUUACUCAAGCAAGAUUUCCAAAAAAUAAUUGGACAGGGAAUCCUACAACAAUGUCUUAGUACUAGCAAAUGAUGUGGAACAAGACUGUCUGAAUAUUCAUGUGAUGAAUAAAAAGUCAAAUCUUUACCCAAGAAGACACAACACUGUAUCCAGGGGUCAGUGACCUACUUCAGGUUUUCACCGGUAGCUGUGCUAGUUUAUCAUCCUCAUCUAUCCUACGUUAGUACUGACAGACUGUAGAGUCUGUGAAAAUUGACUGGUACCAAUGUGGUUUGGUUAAAUACACAUUUGUGUUGUGGUGGUUGACUGUAGCCUGGCUCACACUUGUUCUUAAUGGGACAGGAGGACAUUUUGCAGUUUUGGUGUUUUGCUCCUCUUCACCAUGAUCAUGUUGUUCCUCAAGCAACAACAUUGCUCAGUACUGUAGCCCGGUGACUCCUCUAGAGCACAUUUUCCCACAUGUAAAGGAGGAACUCAGUCUAAAACUGAGAACAUCCUGUCAGCCAGUAACAUACAUCAGCAGGCACAAGUUACAACACUAUAUAUGGGUUUCAGAUAAUUGUACUGCUUGGGGCAUGUUUGAUUUAUGUUUCCAGAUACUGAAACAGCCUUAAGUGUGAGCACUUAGGAAAAAAACAAAAUGUGCUCAGCUAUUUGUUUGUGUAGGUUUGUAGCUAGAAAAUUAUUCUGAACAAGCAAAGUUGGGUUUUUCCAAGCUUUUUAAAGCAAUUGUGUAUGUAAGACUGUGAAGUUUGAAUUGUGUACAUAUACAGUGAAAUCUUUAGUAGUUAUGAACUAUAGUUUGAUUCAUCAUGUUUGUUGCUCUGCAUUUGCUCCAUUUACACAAAAAUCUGAUCUUUCUGCUUAUUACAGUGGCAUCAUUUCAACCACUCUGAAUCCAUGCUGCUUUCAUACUACAGAGACAUCCAUUGUCCAUCCUAUAUCUGCUGUAUGCUCUGUUAGUUCUGCAGCCUGUUCUCUCUCCAACAGAUUCAGUUUUAUAUGUAUAUGUAUAAGCAGAAAUAAAAAGGCAAACUGAAAUCCAAAAUGUGUGGCUGUCAAAUACUCAACUGCCACACCUUCCUUUAUACAUUGUAGUUGCUGAGAUAAGAACAAAACCCAAUAAUUUAACUAUUUCUCUGCAAUGUCUUCAUCUGAAUGGCUCUUUGUGUUAGAGUCACAGCAGCAGAAGGAAAAAGGGUGCAACCAGGUUGCAGUCUGUAAUGAACUGAAGUAGCUCUGCUGUGGUUUAGUGCAUAUGCAACAUAAUCAUCCAUACUAAUUAGACAUAAACACAAAAAGGACUUUCACUCUCACAUUUCUUUAUUCUAAACUUCUGUCUGGAAAAAAAUUUAAACCUUCGUCUGAGCAGUCACCCAGAGUUUGUAUGUUAAAAUGUCACGGUUCAAGGUCAACAUCUGCACAGUGUUCACUGUUCCACCUCACAACAUUUCAUUUGACAACUAAUAUUCAGCUGAUUUUGCUCAUAGUGAUUCACACCAGUAAUGUCAGCAAUAACUCUGCUGGUCUGGAGAGGGGUUUGGUAAAUCCUCAGCUCAGGGUGAGCAAUAAGUCAUAUACUUAGUGUGAAAUAAAUAUUAUUCCAGGAUCUGAAAACCCUGAGCCAACAGUAAUCUUACCACAGGAUUAAGAGUAGUAUGAAAGCCCUGUUAGAGAAAAAGUGAAGCAGAAGUUUUUCUGGUGUAUUUCUUCCCUGUAAACUUCAGCCAACUUUUUUCAAAGUUAGUUCUCUACUGGUGUGAAAUGGAUUGAGCUGUGGUGUGCCAUGAAAAUAAUGCUAUUUAGGAAGUUAAGCUUACUCAAAAAAACAAAAAACAAAACAAAACCCAGUUUGCUGUCUUUCAGGUGCACAUUUUAGUGGAGGAUCUGAUGAUACAAUACAGAUAUCAGUGCCUCAUUUUCACCCAGAUAGUCCCCAGUCUCUUUUAUACUUUUCUGUUAUACUCUACUAAGUUAAAUAUACAUUUGUGUAUAUGUAUAUACAUUUGUGUCCUAAGACACUGAACUUGAUGUUGGCACCAAAAUUUUGCUUUCUACUAGAUGAGCCUGCAAAAAAUGUCCUUAUGUAACUCAAACUGAUCCUCAUUUUUUGUACAGUCUGGCUACAAGCUGUAUACUAAUACCAAUAGGCUAUUUACAGUGUUGUUCUCCAAUACUAAUCUGAGAAUGCUGUGUUAAAUGUAAAGCUGUGACUUCUGAUUUUCAGUUACUGGAGCGGUUUAGUAGUUUUCUGCUAAAGAUGUUACAACUACAACUGAAUGGACUCACUGUGUCGAUGUCUUACUCAGGAUAGCAAAUGUAUUGUUUCUCACUGGGGAGAAGGCAUAAUAAGUUGCUUGUCUUGCUGUCUUGUCUGGAGCCUUGGGUGAUGGUGGAUUUAAGUAGGCUAAAGGUCACACAGACCCUUAUGAUAGCUGGCAUUUCCUCUGCCAGGUCUUACAAUUUUUUUUUUUUUUUUUUUUUUUUUUUUCCAGUUUUCAGUUUUUAAAUUCACAAUUUAUAGAGCAUAAGUUUCUCAUUACAGUGAGUUUGUUUGCAUGCAGCAUGUGAUCUUGGCCUGCAUUCAUACUGAGAAAAAUAUAAACCUGGGUUGAUUUAUUAAUGUUUAAAUACAUUAGAACACCAUGAAUGAUAUCUUGGUAUGUUGCCGCUCAGUUAGUCAACAAUAGCUUGCCUGUGUCUAGAAAAGGAUUUUACACGUAGAAUGAAUCCAUCUUUGUUCCGGUUCUCCUCUCUUUAUGUGGCCUAUAACACUAACAUAUAAAUUAGCUUGCGUUAUAAUCCUUUAAAGCGAGUAACUUCAUCUGAACAGCAUCCACUCUGGCCUUGACUGACAUUUAUGGGAUAAUGUUAUUUGCUGAAACACAGUAAUACAACUAGAGAGGAGUCCUAAAGCCAGCUAACUGACUCAGUAAUGUUUCUAACUGAGGUAAACAAACAUCAGCUAACAUAAGGUCCUGGUCCUACCAGACCAAGUAAGGCUGUAGCAGCAAAACCCUUAUGUGUAUUGAACUGAACAGUGGUGCAUGUUUCUGCUUUUAAAUCCAGUUUUUCAUGUGUAAGAUUAAGAUUGUGCUGUUCCUUGUUUCAAAAGUUAUGUAGUCUGACUUUAAUGUUUUAACUGCUUUUUAGAAGCCAGAAUAAGCUGGUUGAUCCUCAGCAGUAUGUGUCCUGUGUGACAGAUGUAUGGUUUUGUAACGUGGAACAGAUGGGUCUCAGAAAGUGAAGUGUAGUGUGUAAUGAAGAGACAUGAUGAUGACUGUCCGCUAGGUAGACAGAGUAUUGCGCUGCACAGUUGGUGUUUAGUUGGAGGUGAGACAGAAAUGUCAGUGUUGUGCGUUUGGCGUGUGCAAUGUCUGUGCUUUGACUUGCCAUAAAGACAUUUAGUGGUGGUCUAUCGGAGUAUAAUCACAGUGACUGGCUUCAGUUUGUGUGUUGGAACUGAUUUUGUGCCAAAAAAGAAUAAUAGACAGUUUUACUGUUAAUUAUCUGUACUGCUUACAUUGUGAUGUAUAGAAUGCUUAUGCUUAUGUGCUAGUCAGUAGUACUGUAAUUGUCUCAGUGUGAGUACUGUCAGAUGUCACAGACCUUAGUACUUUUUCAUGUUUGAUUUGCUUCAGUGUUUUCUGAUAAACAGCCAUCUGAUAAAAAUGAGACUUUUUCUCUAUGUGAAUGACCUUUGUUUACUGUCAGCAAAGUCAACCUUGUUAGACUUAACUAAAUACAACAUUCACAUCACUAAAUAUCCACAUAUUCUUACUGUUUUUGACACAGAAAUAUCCCACGAAGCCCAGUGAGUUUAAACAAGAAGACAAAGCCUAGGGAAAUGGACGAAAUGGUUCAUUCCUGAGAUUUAAUUAAUUUUUCAUUGAGGUUGAUACCCCCUAAGGCACACCUGAACUCACUCACAUAGGACACCAGCUGAGAACUUCUGUUGGGAGACCGACCCUCUCUGCCUGUGUGAAACAUCGCAGUGUUUUUUAUUUUCCCUGUGUAUAAAAACAUGGUAACAGAUAAUGUGCUGCUUCAUUCUGCUCACACUGAAUUCUCUGUUGAUCUGAGGACGUCAGUCAAACGAAGAUGUGUUUGUACAGAAGUUUUAUACCCUGAGAAAUAAAGAUUAUUUGUUUUAAUA